UUAGUCCUGCCCCUCAUCAGCUCCAGUUUCCUCAUUUCAGAUCAAGAUGGACAGUCUCCAGGAAAUGCAGCAGUCUUUGAUGCAGGAGAAGCUGCGGGAGCAUCUGGCAGAAAAGGAGAAGCUGUCAGAGGAAAGGCUUGAGCAGGAGGAGAAGCUGAAAGCCAGGAUCAAGCGGCUAACGGAAGAGAAGGCGAUUUUGGAGGAAAGCAUUGUUAAUGAGAAAACCAGAGCGAAAGAAGCAUUAGAGGAAGAACAGAAGAGAGCCCAAGAGCUGGAGAAUAGCUUAACCCACCAGAAGGAGGUUUUGGAGAGCAACGUGGCCCAUGAGAAAAGGAAAGCAAAGGAAGCUGUAGAGACAGAAAAAAGAAAAGUUCAAGAUCUGGAAAACCACUUAACCCAACAGAAGGAGAUUGCAGAGACCAGCAUUGCCUACGAGAAAAACAAAGCGAAGGAGGCCAUAGAGAAGGAAAAGAAAAAAGUGCAAGAUCUGGAGAACCACUUAACCAAGCAGAAAGAGGAAAUAGCACUGAAAGUACAAAAAGAGGACGUUUUAAAUAAUAAGUUAAAUGAGGCGCUGGCCAUGGUAGAAGAGACUCAGAAGACAAAGGUGGCUGAAAGUCUGAAAGUAGAGAGUCUCACAAUCAAAGUAAAUGAGACAUUAGCUGAACUGGAAACUACCAAGACAAAGAUGAUCAUGAUGGAGGAGCGAACAUUGCUGCAACAGCAGACGAUAAAGGCCCUCCAGGACGAGCGGGAGUCACAGAAACACGGAUUUGAGAAGGAAAUUGCGGAAUAUAAGGAGCAAAUCAAACAGCACUCCCAGACGAUUGUGAGUCUCGAGGAAAGACUCCAAAAAGUGACACAACACCAUAAAAAAAUAGAAGGCGAGAUUGCAGCUCUGAAGGACAAUGACCCAGGUUCCUCUGGCACAUUUCAAAAGGAGGAAAUACAGCCAGACCCUCCUGCAGCACCUCCAUCGGAGAGCAAUGUCAAAGAAGAUGUGUGCGAUCACUUGAUAGAAGAUUUAUUGACUGCUCAGAAGGAAAUCCUCUCCCAGCAGGAGGUCAUCGUGAGGUUGAGGAAAGACCUUACCGAAGCUCAUGGCCGAAUGUCAGAUUUGAGAGGGGAGCUCAGCGAGAAGCAGAAGGUGGAACUGGAGCGGAACAUGCAGCUGGUCCAGCAACAGAGCAGCGAGCUGAGUAUGCUUAAGGAGAAGAUGGCGCAGUUGACCAGCCUGGUGGAAAAGAAGGACAGGGAGCUGGAGACCCUCAGAGAGGCGCUAAGGGCUUCCCAAGAGAAGCACAAACUCCAGCUGAGUCCGGAGAAGGACGAGAAGCCCAGGAAUACGGCCCAGAUGUGUGACAUCUCGGUGCAGAUGGAACCAAUCCACACGGGUAUUUUCUUGGGUGGCCUAGAGGAGCAAUCCUUCAGUGAUCUGGGAGCCAAAUGCAAAGGGUCCCGACAUGAGGAAGUCAUUCAGCGUCAGAAAAAGGCCUUAUCUGAACUUCGAGCACGAAUUAAAGAACUUGAGAAGGCCUGCUCGCCAAAUCAUAAGGACCAACUGGAUGAAUCAUUUCUAGAAUUAAAGACUCCCAGAAUGGAAAAAAAUGUCCAGAAAAUAUUAUUGGACACAAGACCUGAUUUUCCAAGUCUCUCAAGGAUAGAGAACCGAGUGCCUCAAAAUGGCCUUUCCAACUCAGGGCCCAUUCUGACCAUUGAGAAGUCAGGGAAAACAGAUGCAUCUGAGGCUUUGGAUCUCAGUGAAAAACUGUACUUGGACAUGAGUAAAACACUCGGGAGUCUGAUGAACAUCAAGGAUAUGUCAGGCCACGUGUCCAUGAAGUACCUGUCCGCAAAAGAAAGGGAGAGAGUAAACCAGCUUCGACAAAGGGACCUUGAGCUGGUGUUUGAUAAGAUCACCCAACUCAAGAACCGGCUAGAGAGAAAAGAGGAGCUUCUGAGAGGCUAUGAGAAAGACAUCGAACAGCUCAGGCAGAGCAAAGUGUCCAUUCAGGUGUACCAGUCACAGGUGGCCAAGCUGGAAGAUGAAAUCUACAAAGAGGCAGAAGAAAAGGCCUUACUAAAGGAGGCCUUGGAGCGCACGGAGCAACAGCUGUGCCAGGAGAAGAAGCUCAAUAGGGCGAUCAGGCAGCAGAAGGUGAGAGCUACCUGUUUGGAGCAGAACCUCUGAGGCUGCCCCUCAGCUCCCGUUAGAAAUAACCCCCAAAAGAAACAAUCCUUCAUGGUUAUGAGGGAGGGGGCGGGACGGGGAUGGAAAAACACUAAAUAGACAAUAAAUAAGUGGUAACUUUGGCGAAGGGUAAAACAGUACAGUAUACUGGGGAAGCCAGCUCAACUCGUACAAGGCAAGGUCAUGAAAGCUCCAUAGACACAUCCAAACUUCCUGAGGGACCGAAUUGCUGGUCUGAGGGCUGUGGGGACCCUGGUCUCAGAGAACAUCAAGCUCAACUGGCAUAACAUAGUUUAUAAAUAAAAUGUUCUACAUUCUACUUUGGUGAGUAGC